AUGUCGUGGCUGUUCGGCCUGAACAAGGGGCAACCGGAGCCUCCUCCCGGUCUGCCGGUUCCGCCUCCUCCGCCGCCGCCGGCUGGAGGUUCCAGCGGCGGCGGAGAUAAACCCAAGGACAAAUGGAGUAACUUCGAUCCCACCGGCCUGGAGCGGGCUGCACAGGCGGCCAAAGAGCUCGACAAGUCCAGAAAUGCCAAAGAAGCUUUGGAAUUGGCUCGCAUGCAGGAGCAGAGCACUCAGAUGGAGCACCAAAGCAAAAUUAAGGAGUAUGAAGCAGCUGUGGAGCAGCUGAAAGGCGAGCAGAUCCGAAUUCAGGGUGAGGAAAGGAGGAAAACCAUCAAUGAGGAGUCCAAGCAGCAUCAAGCGAGGGCUCAAUACCAGGACAAGCUCGCCCGUCAGCGCUAUGAGGACCAACUAAGACAACAGCAAAUGCUGAAUGAGGACAACCUUCGCAAGCAGGAAGAAUCGGUUCAGAAACAGGAAGCCAUGAGGAAGGCGACCAUCGAGCAUGAGAUGGAGCUGAGGCACAAAAACGAAAUGCUGCGCAUCGAGGCGGAGUCCAAAGCACGAGCUCGUGUGGAGCGAGAAAACGCCGACAUCAUACGUGAGCAAAUCCGCCUGAAGGCAGCAGAGCACAGACAGACAGUCCUGGAGUCCAUAAAGACAGCGGGUGCAGUAUUUGGAGAAGGAUUUAGAGCCUUUGUGUCAGACUGGGACAAAGUCACAGCCACGGUGGCUGGAUUGACACUGUUAGCUGUUGGUGUGUAUUCAGCCCGCAACGCCACAGGAGUGGCAGGUCGUUAUAUUGAGGCGAGGCUGGGGAAGCCAUCCUUAGUGCGAGAAACAUCCCGCUUCACUGUUGGGGAAGCCAUCAAGCAUCCAGUCAAGACAGUCAAAAGGCUGAAGAGCAAACCUCAGGAUGCCCUUGAAGGAGUUGUGCUCAACCCUACACUAGAAGAGCGUGUGCGUGAUAUUGCCAUAGCAACAAGAAACACAAGGCAGAACAAUGGUCUCUACAGGAAUAUCCUUAUGUAUGGACCUCCGGGCACGGGCAAAACGUUGUUUGCUAAGAAACUGGCCGUGCAUUCUGGGAUGGACUACGCAAUCAUGACCGGCGGUGACGUCGCGCCCAUGGGCCGUGACGGUGUGACCGCCAUGCAUAAAGUCUUUGACUGGGCAAACACGAGUAGACGAGGUCUGCUGUUGUUUGUCGAUGAAGCCGACGCAUUCCUACGAAAGAGAUCCACUGAGAAAAUCAGCGAAGACCUCCGAGCCACUUUGAAUGCAUUCUUGUAUCGUACUGGAGAGCAGAGCAACAGGUUCAUGUUGGUGUUGGCCAGUAACCAACCAGAGCAAUUUGAUUGGGCCAUUAAUGAUCGUAUAGAUGAAAUAGUCAAUUUCGCUCUUCCGGGACUAGAGGAGAGAGAGAGGCUGGUGCGCUUGUACUUUGACAGAUAUGUGCUGGAACCGGCCACCGGAGGGAGGCAGAGGAUGAAACUGGCGCAGUUUGAUUAUGGUAAAAAAUGCUCCGAGAUAGCCAAGCGGGCAGAAGGCAUGUCCGGUCGAGAGAUCUCCAAAUUAGGAGUGGCUUGGCAGGCGGCAGCGUAUUCCUCCGAGGACGGCAUUCUGACAGAGGCUAUGAUAGAUGCCCGCGUGGACGACGCCGUCAAGCAGCACCAGCAGAAGAUGGACUGGUUGCGGAGCGAAGAGGAGGCUCAGACCAAGACCCUAAUGCCUCCUCCAGUAGGGGGCAGCGUUAAUAGCGCCGUAGGUAAAAUGGGCUUCAAUUUGCCAAUUGGCGAGACACCUCAGGCUCAGGAUACGAUCGCACCACUCCUCAUCCAAGAGAUGAAGCAACAAGGGGACAAUCUCCCUAAAGAAAGGACUGCAAAGUCUCAAAGUUCAGCCGUAGCUGGACCUGACCGUGAAGAAACUGUCAAAGCAAGUUUAGAACAGCCCAUUGAAAAAGUGGACAAGACUGGCACUCCUCCGAAAGAUGGAACUCCAGUUUGA